GUUGUUGGACGCAACCACUACGCUCAAUUUUACAUAGUCAGUUCUUCCAGUCGGCACGACGCAUCUGCGUCGUGGGCGCCAAUAAGGCGUUCCGCUCCGCCCAUAGACAUCCUCGACCCUGUCCCUUCAUACUCGAUAGCCCCGAUCAGAUUCGCCUGCAACGCAUUAGCAGCUACCCGAUCUCCUUGCCCUACCGUCGCCUGUUCUCCUUCAACCAAUGAUCCUGAUAGAAGACAAGAAAUAUGCAUGCGAGACCUGUAUAAAAGGCCAUCGAUCCUCCGCCUGCAAGCACACGGAAAGACCGCUCUUCGAGAUCAAGAAGAAGGGGCGCCCCGUCACUCAGUGCGAGCACUGUCGUGAACUGCGCAAAACGAAACAGGUCCAUGUUAAGUGCAUCUGCGAAGCUCCUCCGGCGGACAGGAGCACCGAGUUCAUCAAGGAUGCCAAGGGUCAGAUCAAGAAAGUCAGCAAGAAACUUCCGCAGAUUGCUGCUUUCCCUCACGGUCUACCUGGAGCCAAGCUGACGGCAAAACAAGAAAUUGAGAAGACGUGCCUCUGCAAGGCGGGCGAAACUUGCCAUUGCUUCUCCCCCCGUCGUCCGGCAAAUGGUCGCCGCGCAUCCGUCAGUGACACCUUACCUUCUGGACCGAGCCAUGCAGAAUUGCUCGCCAAGGCAAAUUUUCGCCACGUACUCCCUCGCCCUACUCCAGCGUUGGCGGCACCACAACCUCGAAUCGGUCCAGUUCAUGACUUAUCCUCCAAUCAUUUAGGUCAUGGGGCUCGCCACUAUUCCACGCACGACAAUCUAUUCAGCCCCUAUGGUCGUGCAUACGAAUAUGCGAGGUCGACAUCUGACGUGAACGAUCAUGGAUCGAAUACGAACUCGGAUUCACCUCCGUCACGGGAGUCGCCGUCCAACGUGUAUCCCGAGUCCGCAACGCCAUUAUCCGCUAUGGAUACAGAUCCGGCUGUGUCAUGGCCGGGGAGUAACAUGGAUCUCACGACCGUCGCGCAUUGUGGAUGCGGCAUGUCGUGUGCCUGUCCGGGGUGUCUUGAGCAUGGCGCUCAACCAUCCGCCACUUCCAACGCCUUCGAUACAUGUGUGAACCCUGAGUCAUGCGCAUCGUGUCUCCAGUGCUCCGUCAACACGCUCGCCCCGAUGAACCUCCCGUCUUCCGACACUCAUAUACCCAACUUCGACUACCAACCAUCGGAUUACCAGCCAAUGCAAGUCCAGCAGAUCUUCGAUUGGUUGGAAAGCGUACCGGCGCAAACGCCCCAUGCAUACCCACCCAUAGCCCAACCCGACAAUACGUUCACAAUUUAUGCGCAACAGACCUGGAGCGCACCGGAGCUUCCAACAACCUGGCCGCAGAUACAGCAGACGCUGACCAGCGACAAGUCGAGUUGCUGCGGUGAUGGGUGUAGCUGUGCCCCAGGUCAAUGCUCCUGCGACGGCCACGGGCGUCUUACGUUCGCUACAUCUGGGAUGCGGGCUGCAUGCUGUGCUCAUGGCGAAGAUAAUGUGUCUAUGCAUUCGUCACGGUCCCGAUCCGUCUCUAGCAGCUCUGGUACAGAAUCAGCAGCUUCUUAUCCCGGAUCCGCGGAUGUCCCCUUGCUACUUUCCGGCGGACAACAGUAUUACGAUUACGCAGUAUCCACAUCAUCGGAGUCGUCGCUGAGCCGGUCACCAUCCAUCGCUUCGUUACAAAGUCUGCAGCUUACGCGGGAUGAUCGCACUCAGGAGGCGUCGAGUAGUGGUGGCACUCGUGGAUAUCCCCUUGGCGAUCGCCAGCGCACGCUCAUGCCCGACCACACCAGCGCCUCAAGCUCUCGCGGUUACCCACUUGGCGAUCGCCAGCGUACGCUUAUGCCUGAUCAAUCCGGUGAACAGAGAUCAAUCAUUCAACGAGCGAAGGCACUUGUACGUUCCGUAACAUCGCGAUCUUCGAACGCGCCCAACAUCACUGUCAUUGGGCCUGAUCGCGGCAUUGCAUUUGUCCCGGGGCACAAGGACAACAUACGGACACCUCAUACGAACGGACGUUCUUCAUAGGCACUUCUCUUGCGUUCGGUUUUGCACGAGUUGUAUAUGUAUCUU